AUGGCAACAGGCUGCACCCCCACGCCCCGUGACGUGCAGGGCCCGUACUACCUGCCGGGAGUGAAGCAUCAGCAUGUGGUGUGCCGCGGAGGGCCCUAUCUACUGGUCACCGGAACGGUGAGAGAUACCAGGUGUUCCCCGGUUGCUAAGGCAACGCUGGAGGUGUGGCAGGCCGACCCGACCGGAUGCUACAAGAUCAACCCGCAGCGGCCGAACUUCUGCCGCGGGAAGGUUCGGACGGACGCCCGGGGUCGGUACAGCUUCCUGACCGUCAUGCCGGGGCAGUACGGCUCCGGCUGGAUAAGCGCACGGCGCAGGCGGCCCCUGGUUACCCAGCUGUACUUCUCCGGUAACGCCAGCCUGGGCGAGCGCGACCCGU